AUGGACGCAUGCGUGUCGGGGAUCGGCUACCAGUUCUCGUGCAGCCCCAGCGAGCGGUACCACCCGGGGAUCGGAGCCUGUGACGUGGAGUCGAGUGUGGCCUGCGUCGACGCUGAGAGUCACGACACUGCCGACGACGUCUGUGACAGAAGGAGUGAUGGCUAUUAUCCGGACUUUCGCUUGCAGUGCCGCCAUUAUAUCAGAUGCCAUUCGGGAAAAAAUAUCGGAGGAGGGUCGUGUCCGGGAGAUCUCCGGUUCGACAUGCAGACCCGGUCUUGCGGGAAUCCGGAGCACGUGGACUGUGUGGAGCCGUCGUGCAACGGGUCGUCCAACUUCUCAGCGGCCUUGCCCGGUUCCAGGUGUCGGGCGUCUUUCGAGUGCAGGGGAGGGGGUCCGCCGGUGCUAAGAAAAUGUCCACUUGGGGACAUCUUCGACGAUCGGGUUCAGACUUGCGUCCCGAUAGCGGCGGGUCGGUGCAACGAGGCGAGAUGCGGCGACAAGAGUGACGGUCUCCACCCGGACGAAUCCACUGGGUGCAGAGGCUACUACGCCUGCGUGGGGGGAAGGGUCGACUCUUACCGAGUCUGCCCAAAAGGGACAACCUUUGACCGUGACUCCUGCCGACCUGGCGACGCUUGCACGAGGGUGGAGCGUGUGGUCGAGCCAGGGGCAUUGGAAUGUCUGGGGAAGGGAAAUGGGUUCUACGCGGACGAGAGGGAGGGGUGUCGGAGAUACUACCUCUGCUUGAACUUCGACGUGGUUUCGGUGCGUCGGUGUUCGGAUAACAAGGUGUUCAAUGGGAAGCGGUGCGUUCCGGAGGCGAAUUACGUCUGUCCGAGGUCGAUGAUGGAGUCUGAGACGAUCGUAAAUCCGAUUCGGGGUCGACUCGAUGCGUCGGUGGAGGACGUCUGCUCGGGUGAACCAGACGGUUACCACCCGGUGUUGAGCUCCGGCUGUAGGGAUUUCGUGUUCUGUAAGCGACAGACCCAGCUGGUCGUACACUCGUGUCCGGGCAAUCGGGUCUUCGACGGGGCCUUCUGCGUUCCCAAGGACGAGUUCGUCUGUCCAUCGUCAGAGGCCAAGGUGAAGACUUGUCCCGACGGUUACACGGGAUACCAGCCGGUUCUGGGGACGGGAUGCAAGCAGUACUCUCUGUGCAAGGAGGGAAAGAUGACGGGGCCGAUCGUCCGAUGCUCUCAAGGGAUGUCGUUCGACGCGACGUCGCAAGAAUGUCGACCGUCGUUUCUCGUUGCGUGCAAUAGAUCUGUCGCAGUCGAUGCUAAGUGCGCCGAUCGCAUCGAUGGCUACUACAUCGAGAGCAACUCCGAUUGUCGCAAGUACUUUGCCUGUCAGAACGGGACGCUGAUCGAUGACGACACCUGCGGGGAAGGCGAGCAGUACAACAUCGUGUCGCGUCGAUGCAUGUCGGAGCUGCUGUGCCGGGUGAAAAGCGAAGACAUAUCCUGCCUAGAGCUCCCGGACGGGCUGUAUCCCGAUUAUCAUUCGGGGUGUUCCCAGGUCUAUGCCUGUAGGGGAGGGCAUCUGUAUCGGUUUCCCUGCCCAGAGGGCGAAGUCUUCGACUCCGAGAGGAUCGGAUGCGUCCCGAAGUCCGGUGGGUGUCAGGUGCCAGUCUGCGACGAGCGAGAGCCAGGUGUGCAAGUGGAUCUAUCGUCCGGUUGCAGGGCCUUUUAUGCCUGCGGUCGAAGGGCUUGGCUUGGUUUCUGUCCUCAGGGCACGAUUUUCGACGACGUCUCUAAGUCCUGCCGGCCCGUGGAACGCGUCGUCUGUUCGGAGUAUAAGGUGCUUUCCAGUUCCGUUUCUGACUCCGAUUUCGGUGCCACCUCAGACCGUUUCUCCUGCAAAGGGCGUCAUCCCGGUUUUUAUCCCAACUUUGUCAGCAACUGCACCGAGUAUUAUAUGUGCAUGCCGGAUGGAAUCAAGAUGCAACAGAAAUGUUCCCCCGGUCUCGUUUUCGACACCAAGUCUCAACUGUGUGAGAGCGCGGAAACAGCCGUCUGCGAGCUGCGCGUCGACUGCAAGAACGGUUCGUGUGCAACGGGGGCUUCUCACGCGUUCCUGGACAGCAUGGACGCCCUACGAGACCUAUGCAACGAAAAAUCGGACGGGGUCCAACCGUUUUCCGAAUGCAAGGGUUUCGUCGUCUGCUCCGAUAAGCAGGUGAUCGGUUCUUACAGAUGCCCGGCAGGAUCCGCGUUCGAUGAGUCGUCUAGCUCGUGCAGACCCGGAUCCACGUGCCCCAACGCGGGUAAGAAGAUGCAGACGGACGAGACGCGAUACGCCCCGAUGGCACCCCGGUUCCGUCCGCCCGCACUUCUGCCUCCUUCGUUUCUCAAUUCGCCUUCUUCACUGCCUCGUCUGCCUGGCCUCCCGUUUCCCUCCUUCCCCAAUCCCUUCGUGCUUUCGCCUCCGAUCCUCCGCGAAAAACCCUUCACAAAACCAGAGGUGGAAGGCUCGAAUCCCAACUCGGAUCACACGGAGAUCUCGGAUUACAAGAUGCUGCUCUGCACGUCGAUGGACAUUCCCUUUCUCACGGAUCCGGCCGAAAACUGCACCUCAUUUUACGAAUGCGUGAACGACGAGAUCCGCUCGACGCCUUGCCCUACUGGCGAGGCCUUCGACUCCAACUCUGAAGCGUGUCGGUCACGCGACGACGCGUCGUGCGACGAAAGCAUGGCGUCUCAGGCGGAGGACCGAAUCUGCUCCAGCUCAGAGGAUGGCCUUCACGCCGUUCCCGACACCGGGUGCCGGUUUUACUAUUCCUGCAGCGAUGACGAGUUUCGUCUGUACCAAUGCCCCGAUGGAACGUUCUUCAACCAACAAAUCGGAUUUUGUCUUCCCGGAAUGCCCGGCAGGUGUCUCCUUCGCGGUCGAACCCGCGUGACACAUCCCCCUCUCGAUGAACCUUUAAGAGCACCUCCUCCUUUUCUUCAACAGAGGGCGAAUAAAUUGCUGCCAUCUUCAGCAGAAUCCGAGGAGCCAAGUGCACCCACGCCAGACUCGGAGAAAUCCAUACAGAUGCGAGUGCUGCACGACGGCAUCAGGAAUCUCAUCACGACCUUCGCCGAGCUCACGAAAAAGUCGCCUCCCGAUCUGGCUGACAAUGCGAUCGAGAACUCCACGUCCAUCCUCCAGAGCGGGCAACCCGAAAAGCCGGAACAACAGAUUUUGGUUCAGAAGAGAGAGACCAACGAAGUCAAGGAAGGUACGGAUGAUACACAGCCUCGACCUCUGGACGGUAAAGAGGACAAGAUAGAGAGUCCAAAGGAAAAUACCGAAGCUAGUGCAGAGGUUCAAGACAGUCGCAAGGGCAACACAGAAGGUGAAGAGGAUAAUGGUGAAGGCAAUGUUGAGGUCAAUCACAACUAUCCGGAGAAUCAAGAGAGCGGGAAGGGCGAGGGCAAAGUUGACGCAAAGGUCCAAGAGAGCAAUCUCCGCGUAAAGAGUGAGAAGGAUAAUGUCGAAGGUGAAGUAGAGGCCCAAGAUAAGGUGAAAGAACAGGACAAGAUCGAAGGUGAACAAAUCGAAGGCGGGAACAAGGAAAAUAACAAGGAUAAAAGCGAAGACCCGGAACAGGAGAAAAAGGACAGAGAAAUGGGAAAGGAAAGCGACCCGGCGAAGCAUAUAAAUGAAGUUGAAUCCGAACUCUGA